GUAGAAACAACUGCGUCAGAGAAAAAACGGUCAGGUUGAGAUAGUUCCACUCGGACCAGAGCAGUCCCGGACAGUGCUUCGGACCUCUCGUCCCGGGAAGAAAGCGGUCGCCACGCAACGUUUUUCUGCAAAACAUUAAAUUUUUUUUAUUCCAGAAGCUGGACGCAAGGAUGAUGUUGAGUAAAGAUCUUCCAGAUAUUGAGAGCAUCCUGGCCCUGAACCCCAGGGUGAAGAGUCAUGCUCAGAUCAUGUCCACAGCAAGUAAGAAGAAAGAGAAAAAACAUUGGAAGCGAAACCCUGAAAGGAACUGUGAUUCCUGCGUCAAGUUAGAAAACAACUUUGACGAUAUCAAGCAUACAACACUGAGCGAGCGAGGAGCUCUGCGAGAAGCACUGAGGUGUCUAAAAUGCGCUGACGCUCCCUGUCAGAAGAGCUGCCCAACUAACCUGGACAUCAAGUCAUUCAUUACAAGCAUCUCCAGUAAGAACUACUAUGGGGCAGCACGGGCCAUUCUAUCAGACAACCCUCUGGGUCUGACCUGUGGGAUGGUUUGCCCCGUAUCAGAGCUCUGUGUUGGGGGCUGCAAUCUGUAUGCUUCUGAAGAAGGACCCAUCAAUAUCGGAGGGCUACAGCAGUUCGCUGUUGAGGUGUUCAGUAAAAUGGGCAUUGCUCAAAUAAGGAAUCCUGAGCUCCCACCUGCCAACAAGAUGCCCGAGUCUUUCCACACCCCUAUAGCUCUGAUUGGUUGUGGCCCUGCAUCAAUCAGCUGUGCUUCUUUCCUGGCCCGUCUUGGAUACGAUAACGUCACCAUAUUUGAGAGACAGAAGUACACCGGAGGCCUAAGCACAUCAGAAAUCCCUCAGUUCAGACUUCCCCAUGAGGUUGUCCAGUUUGAAAUAGACCUGAUGAAGGACCUGGGAGUCAAGGUGGUCUGUGAGAAGGGUUUAGGGGUUAAUGGAAUGACCCUGAUGUCCCUGAAGGAGGAAGGGUUUAAGGCUGUAUUCAUUGGGAUUGGUCUGCCCCAGGCCAACAGGGCUAAAAUCUUCCAAGGUUUAACAAUGGAUCAAGGCUUCUUCACAUCCAAAGACUUUCUGCCGAUGGUGGCCACUGCCAGCAAGAAAGGUAUGUGUCAGUGUCUGUCCUCUCUGCCUGAGUUAAAGGGAGUAGUGAUAGUCUUGGGGGCCGGGGACACAGCAUUUGACUGCGCCACCUCAGCUCUGCGCUGUGGAGCAAAGAGAGUGUACGUCUGUUUCCGGAAGGGAUUCACCAACAUUAGAGCCGUUCCUGAGGAGAUGGAGUUGGCUAAGGAGGAGCAGUGCGAGUUCCUGCCCUUCCUGUCUCCUCGUGAGGUCAUCAUGAAGAACGGGCGGGUUGCUGGCUUACAGUUCUGUCGCACUGAGCAAACCGAGGACGGUGGUUGGCUGGAAGAUGAGGACCAGAUCGUUAGGCUAAAGGCUGAUUACAUCAUCAGUGCUUUUGGGUCUUUACUGAAUGAGCCACAAGUGACCGACGCCAUGGCCCCCGUGAAGCUGACCCGCUGGGGUACUCCAGAGGUGAACACAGAAACCAUGCAGACCAGCGAGCCCUGGGUGUUUGCUGGAGGAGACAUCGCCGGUAUGGCAAACACCACAGUGGAGUCAGUGAAUGAUGGCAAGCAAGCAUCGUGGCAUAUUCACCGCUACAUACAGUCCCUGCACGGACAGACUGUGGACCAAGUUCCAAAGCUGCCAUUGUUCUACAGUGCUAUAGAUCAGGUGGACAUCAGUGUUGAGGUUUGUGGAAUCAAAUUUCCCAACCCGUUCGGCCUGGCCUCUGCUCCUCCCACAACAAGUACUGCCAUGAUCAGAAGAGCUUUUGAACAAGGAUGGGGCUUCGCUCUGACAAAGACUUUUGGACUGGAUAAGGACUUGGUGACCAACGUGUCUCCUCGUAUUGUCCGUGGCACAACAUCAGGUCAUGUGUAUGGGCCAGGUCAAGGCUCAUUCCUCAACAUUGAGCUUAUUAGUGAGAAGACAGCAGCCUACUGGUGUCAGUCAGUCGCUGAGCUGAAGAAGGACUUCCCCAACAAUGUCAUAAUCUCUAGUAUUAUGUGUAGUUACAACAAAGAAGACUGGACAGUGCUUGCCAAGAUGGCUGAGGAAUCAGGAGCAGAUGCAUUGGAGCUGAACCUGUCUUGUCCUCAUGGGAUGGGAGAGAGAGGCAUGGGCCUGGCCUGUGGACAGGACCCGGUGCUGGUGCGCAACAUCUGUCGCUGGGUGCGUGCAGCCAUUUCCAUUCCAUUCUUUGCCAAACUGACACCAAACGUGACCAACAUUAUUGACAUCGCGAGGGCUGCCCAUGAAGGCGGAGCCGAUGGAGUCACGGCCACCAACACAGUCUCGGGUUUGAUGGGACUGAAGGCUGACGGCACUCCCUGGCCAAGCGUUGGCAGGGGCAAACGCACAACUUAUGGAGGGGUAUCUGGCAAUGCCAUCAGACCCAUCGCUCUCAGAGCAGUGUCGGCCAUAGCCAAAGAAAUUCCUGGGUUCCCAGUCCUGGCCACAGGCGGCAUCGACUCAGCGGAGACUGGACUGCAGUUCCUCCACGCCGGUGCCUCAGUGUUACAGGUGUGUAGUGCAAUUCAGAACCAGGACUUCACAGUGAUUGAGGAUUACUGCGUGGGCCUGAAGACAUUGUUGUACCUGAAGAGUCUGGAGCUUGAAGACUGGGACGGUCAGUCUCCUCCAACACAGCGACACCAGAAAGGAAAACCGAUUCCCAGACUGGGAGACUUGGUUGGACAGAGCCUCCCUAGCUUUGGCCCAUACCUCCAGAAGAAGACAGAAGCCAUUGCUAAGUACAAGAAACUCCUCAAAGAUGCUGGAGAAGUCAGUGUGGUGGAAGCCAACAUCAGCCAUGGCCGCACGCCCAAAAAACCAGUUCCUGCUGUGAAGGACGUGAUAGCCAAAGCAUUGCGUCACAUUGGAGCCUAUCAUGAACUUAGCAACAUGGAGCAGGUCCAGGCUCUGAUAGAUGAAGAGAUGUGUAUCAACUGUGGUAAAUGUUACAUGACCUGCAACGACUCUGGAUACCAGGCAAUAACAUUUGACCCAGAGACCCAUCUUCCCUUCGUGACUGACACCUGCACGGGCUGCACUCUGUGCCUCAGCGUCUGUCCAAUCAUAGACUGCAUCAAGAUGAUCAACCGGUCAACGCCAUAUGAGCCCAAGAGGGGUGUACCCAUUAGUCCUGUCUGCUAAAGGGAAAGACACUCUAAAACAUUACAGCUAUUUUAUAACUCAGAUUAGAUCAUUUAAAACAUGCGUUGGUGCUAUAAACAAUGUGUACCCUGUCAUAUAAAAGUGUUAACAAAAUGUAGUCCAAUACGAUUGUCUUCUUAAAAGCAAAAUAUGUAUUGUAUUAACUAAAUGUACGAAAUACUAAAUAUAAGCAACGCCGAUACCACUAGGGAGAGCCUUCUCAUGUCAAAUGAUGUUGUUGAAUGUGGAUUUAUCUUUGUUGUUAUCCCCUUAUAAACAUUAUUUUAGGCUGCUGAUUAAAUGUGUUAAACGUGAAAAUGAACUGCAUUUAUGACAUAACUCAUGAUUUUAAUGACGCUUUUCUGAUACAGCUAACAUUUGACUCUCACAGUGAUUACAGACAAAAAGGAGCAUGACAUGUCUCUGAGAUUGGGAGAUACAAAAGCAUUAUCAAUAAAAUGCAGAUUAAUAAUUAAAAGUCAAAGAAAUUAUAAUCCAAAA